CCUUUUCCUCAUUCUCCUUUCCACCUCCCAAGCUUCUAUCACGAUCUAUCUUACCGUGAAGGUAGCCCACAAAAUCAAACCCGAUGCCCGACGCUUUCUUCUCCGCCCCCAAAAACCGCAAACGCAAGCGCACCGACUCCGCCGGACCCCGCAAAACCGCACGCACAUCCACAUCCACAUCCACAUCCAAAACCUCCUCCUCAUUCAAAGGCGGACGUCCCCAAACAAACACAAAAAGCAAAGGAAAGUCCAAAGGGCCGCGCGAUGAAGAGCUCGAGAGCGACGCCACGGACGGUGCGGAGGGCGGUGGAGUUGACGAUAUGGAUCUGAGAGCGGACGCGGUGGAUCCGAAUGAGAGUGGGGAGGAGGACGAGGAGGAGACGCCGGCGGAGAAGAGGCUGAGGUUGGCGAAGUUGUAUUUGGAGUCUGUUAAGGAUGGUUUGGCGGAGGGCGAGUUCGACGCAGCGGAGAUUGAUAAGGAGCUCAUCUCUGCACGACUAAAACAAGAUGUGAUGGAACAUGCGGGGAAAGUCCAUUUAUUCAUCGCGGACUCGUUCGACUUCACCCGUCCGCCACCCUCCCUACGGACUCGAGGUCACCGAUUCACCGUAACAUCCGCCGUCGCCACCGAAGAUUCGCGAUACCUUUUCACCGCCGGUAAAGAAGGCUCCAUAAUUAAAUGGGAUCUGCACACAGGUGCUCGGCUCGCCACACUAUCCAAAGUACGACCGGAGACCCCUCGUAAUAACAAUAAAGCGAAAGGGAAGGGCAAGCAGAGGGCAGAGUACGACGGUGGGGACGUGAAGGGACAUACGGAUGAGGUGUUGGCGUUGGCGGUGAGUGGGGACGGGAGAUAUUUGGCGAGUGCGGGGAAGGAUCGGAGGGUGGGUGUUUGGGACGUGGAGAAGGCGGAGUGGGUGAAGGGAUUUGGUGGGCAUAGGGAUACUAUCUCGUCACUCGCAUUCCGGAAAGGGACUCAACAACUAUACUCCGGGUCUUUUGAUCGGACGGUCAAGCUGUUUGACCUAUCUGUAUUGGGCUACGUCGAGACGCUGUUUGGACACCAAGAUUCGGUAUUGGCGGUGGAUGCGCUUCGGGCUGAAACUGCUGCGAGUGUUGGUGGACGGGACAAGACGGCGAGGUUUUGGAAGAUCGUGGACGAGACACAGCUGGUCUUCCGUGGCGGAGGACGGAGUGCGGUACGUGAGUUGCUAGAGGGUGGCGCUCUGGAGGGCAUGGAUGAAGAAGAGGACGGCGAUGGGGUCGUAGUGAAGAAACCGAAGAAGGAGGGUGAACAGAAGAGAUUUGUGGAGGGAAGCCUGGAGUGUAUAUCUAUGGUGGAUGAGACAACGUUCCUUACGGGCGGCGAUAGCGGGUCAAUAUGUCUAUGGACGACGUUGAAGAAAAAGCCGGUGUUCACGCAGGCAUUGGCUCAUGGAUUCAACGAGGCCGAAUCUGAGUCAGAAGGGACGAUCAAGACGGCGCGGUGGAUCACUGCGCUCGGUUCGCUGAGAUACUCGGACCUGUUCGCCUCAGGGUCAUGGGACGGAGAGAUACGACUGUGGAAGCUAGACACGAAGCUUCGCUCGUUCUCUCUAGUUGGUUCAGUCCCGGCACCUGGCGUGAUCAACUCCCUACAAUUCAUCACGCCACCUAAAGGCUCCUUCGAUGGUGUGGAGUGGGCACGAUCAGAGAAGAGUGGGGAAGUUGGUGUGUCGAGCAAGAAGUCUAGCGUUGCGCCUGUGGUGUUGGUCGCUGGUUUGGGACAAGAGACAAGAUUAGGGAGAUGGAUAGUGAUCAAGGAGGGGGGAGCUCGGAACGGCUCGCUCGUUGUUUGCCUGCAACCUCGGACAUCGUCGCCUCACUAGUUCUACCAGUGCUCUGCUUUUGCUAUCAUACCUAUAUCAUACUUAAGCUCAGCUAUUCGAGACGCCAAGUACUUAUGCC